GACCAAACGCAAACGUCUUUUUCCAUCUCUUCAUUUUCGUUCCGACCACCGCCAUGGCCACCGCCACAUCUCACCGUCCACCUCCAAAACUACUCGAUCUUGAGAUCACAAUCGUCUCCGCCAAACACCUCAAGAACGUCAACUGGAGAAACGGAGAUCUAAGUCCUUACGCCAUCUUCUGGCUCGAUCCUGAUCGCCGUCUUGCCACAAAAUCCGAUGACUCCAACUCCACCAAACCUGUAUGGAACGAACGCUUUCUUAUCCCUCUUCCCUCCGUUUCGGCUGCCGCUGUCUUAACUCUCGAGAUCUUCCACUCAAAACCCUCCGACACCCCGAAACCAUUGGUUGGAACCCUAAGGGUCCCAAUCGACGACUUACCCAACCCGGAAGACUCGACCGUGAUCAGAACUUUCGAGCUUCGCCGUCCCUCUGGUCGUCCCAGUGGUAAGAUCCGUUUGAAACUUGCUCUACGUGAACGCCCUUUACCCGAUUACCAAGUUACCCCUCAACCCGCGUAUUAUUACACCACUGCUCCUCCUCCCUCUUACGGUAGGUAUCCACCAUCCCAGCCUCCAUACGGUACUUCCCUCCCACCACCGCCGGCAGUAGCUCCUCCGGCACCAUCGCCACCGCCGCCGCACCCAUACCACUACGGAUCAUAUACGGAUCCAUAUGCUGGUUAUUACCAGGGAGGAUACUACUCUCAGCCGCCGCCUCCACAGACUCCACGGCCAUUUACUGAUAGGCAGUCCAGUUACGGCGGUGGCGGUGGCGGUGGCAGCGGCAGCGUAAGCGGUGGGCCUAGCGCCCCCGUCGAUUAUGCUCAAUACGAGCAGAAACAGAGACCAGGAAAGGUAGCAUCUGGGCCAGGAUUAGGGACAGGAUUAGCUGUGGGAGCAGUGGCAGGGGGAUUAGCAGGACUUGCACUUGACGAAGGAUCGAGGUAUGAAGAAGAAAAGAUUGCAGAUAGAGUUGAAAGUGAUUUGAAUGCAAGGGAACUUGAUGAUUACAGUGAUUAUCGUCGCGUGGGUUAUUGAUUUAGUACCCGGAGUUCUUUGGGUUUCCGGUACUAUUGUCUAACCAUUAUUGAGGUAAAUCUACAGCUAUCAUAAUGGUUUUUAUGUUCGUGUUAUGUAUAUCAUGUGUUGGCUAUGAUGUGAACUAAUUGAAGUUAUAAGAACGAAGAAGUUGUUGAAACAUGAAAACGUCUUUGACAUGAUAUGUGGUUCAUAAAUCCGCUUUGUUUUUACCU